GUGAGGACAGGGAGCAUCCGGAACCCCAAGAAGAGCCCAUUCCAGCGCAGCCAGAGCCGUGGGAGCCAUGGAGCAGUACUUCUCAGCCACCCAGAAGAUGGAGCAGGAGGUGAUGUUCCCCAGCCUGCUCCGAGGGGUCUUCCCGCAGCAGGAGGGGGAGGCCCCGGCCGCGGGCGGCCACACGGACCUGUACGAGCGCUACCAGCUCCUCAAGGCCAUCAAGCCCGUGGUGGAGAAAGGCCUGGCCUGUGUCACCGACCAGAGACGAAACAGCACCGACAUCGUUGUGGACACGUCCUCGGAUGACAGCGAUGACACCAUGGACGCCCAGCUGGAGGAGCGCCUGUCCCACCACCUGGCCGGCUUGCAGCAGGUCCUCACCCACCUCACCAGGGACACCAACGCCCUCACGCGCAGGUACAGCCAGAUCCUGGAGCAGAUCAGCCCCAGCGAGGGACAGCCCAGCUGGUGACCCUGCCCCAGACACCAGGUUGUGUGCUGGUAGCACGAAGGAGAGGACAUCCCCAUCGCUGACCAUUGUGGGCUCUUCCCCAGCCCCGAUCACCCUCCCAGCACCGCUCAGCCGAUCUCCCAGCACUGGGACCACACACUGGUGACAGUUGCGACCACCCAGGACCCAGAUGGUGCCUUAUCCUCAUAGGAAGAAGCAUCUGGUGGUGCUGGGAGGUCCAUCAGAAGAGCCACAUGCCUUGUGCCCUCUUUAUUUUCAAAGAGCAGCACGAAGGUGGUGGCAUCAUGUGGCGGCCCCCACCUCCGAUGGUUCCUGUGACUGCCAAGCCCUUUUCCAGCUGGUACCUGGACUCCAAGGGACAUUCUCCCCAAUCAUUCCUAAUAAAACGAGCCCUGUGAAGCUGC